CGUUUUGAGCAAAUCAAAAAUCAAAACAGUUUUAAAUUGUCAAUUCCCCGGGUUUUCCUGAAAGUGAGAUUGUUUACUUUAAAGUUCUAUGCGAUUCUGAAAAGCACUUAAAGUUAGAAACAAUUAAUAUAUAAACGUGCACUGUGAACAGACUGUCCAGUUGAAUAUGUUGAGACGAGGUAAUCGUUCUUAAUUAAAACUAAACAGGAAAUAGUCCAAAAAAUGUGUGCCAGUGCUAUAGAUGCUGUUCAUCCGAGGUUCACUAAGAAACCAGCUCAGAUUCGUAAGGGGUUUAAGAUAGCGCUAGUGCAGCUGUCGGUGGGUGCGGACAAGGCGCAGAACGUGGCGGCCGCCGUGAGCGAGAUCCACCGCGCCAAGCAGCAGGGCGCGCACAUCGUGGCCUUGCCGGAGUGCUUCAACUCGCCUUAUGGCACUAAGUUCUUCGCGGAGUAUGCGGAAGAGGUGCCGUCGGGCGCCACGUGCCGCGCGCUGUCCCGCGCCGCUGCGGAGGCGGGCGUGUGCGUGGUGGGCGGCACCGUGCCGGAGCGCUGCGGCGGCGCGCUCUACAACACGUGCACCGUGUGGGACGGCAGCGGGAAACUGCUGGCGCAGCACAGGAAGAUGCACCUGUUCGACAUAGACAUUCCCAACAAGAUAACGUUCAAGGAGUCGGAGGUGCUGAGCGCGGGCGACCAGAUCACCAGCUUUGAGUACCAGGGCGUCAUGAUCGGCGUGGGGAUCUGCUACGACCUGCGCUUUUCGGAAAUGGCGCACCUCAUGGCCAAACAAGGCUGUUCAAUACUCAUAUACCCGGCUGCUUUCAACAUGACGACGGGCCCCAAACAUUGGGAACUGCUGGCAAAAGCGCGCGCUAACGACGAGCAACUUUGGGUGGCGCUGGUCAGCCCUGCCAGAGAUACCGAGGCUGGCUACGUGGCUUGGGGUCAUUCUACGCUGGUCGACCCUUGGGCCAAUGUUGUGGCCAAGCUGGAUGAGAAGCCUGGCACUUUGUUUGCCGAUAUUGAUCUAACGGUAGUAGAGGAAGUGCGCAGUCAAAUACCAGUGCGUGUUCAGAGGAGGACGGACGUAUAUGACACCGUGCUUAAAACCAAAUGCUAACUGUGCCCAGUGUUUACGAUUAAAUAUGGCUCCCGAGCUAGGAGCAAAUUUCAGGGAUGAUACAAACCUGGACCAAAACUUAUACAAUUCUAGGCAGUGUUAUCCUAUGCAGUUUAGAAAUAGACAGCUGCGCAAAGUCAAAAUUCAUUUAUUUCAAUUAGGCUUAGUUUACAAGUACUUUUGAAAGGUCAAGAUGAUGUCAUAAUUAAAUUUAAUGGUAGUAAUAAUAGUCGAAAACUUAAAACUAAACUUACGAAAAGCUAAAACAAAAAGCUUUUUUGUACUCCAAUUUCGUAAUGUAGUCAAUAUAAAACUUCGAAACUAUAUCACAAAGCUAUUAAUUUCCUACAGGUCGUUUGGUAAUGUUCACCACGGGUGAACUGUGCUACAAUGUUUUUUUUUUUUAAUUUUUAAUAGUUAUAUAGCAUUGGCUACAAAAAUUCAGGCUUCCUUAUAGGAGACAAAAUCUAGGAGACCACGCUGAGACUAAAUUGAGGAGGCUUUGCGCAGCGUCAAUUCUAUAUUCUUUACCAAGUUUUGUUAUUUCUUUUAUCAUGGUUGUCGAACAAGUAUUGUAUGUCACUGCACGUAAUCAGCAAUUAUAGCACUUGUGCUUUAAAAAUCAUUCAUACAAUGGCCUCCAUUACAUGACAGUGCCAUAAAUAACAUUUUUUUUAAAAUUACUGAAUAAAAGUUUUAUACCAUUAUCUAAAGAAAACGAUGUUGCCUUUUUUCACAUAUCUUCAUGAGAUCAGCUGACGCUCAUUCCAUUACUAUGUUUGAGCUGAUAAUUUUUUUUUUGUGCAAGAUAUAAUAUGGUCAAUAUUUUUAAAUUGACCAUAUUAUAUCUUGCACAAAAUGAAAUUACUGAUUUGUUUUUACUUUGAGAAGCUUCUCAUCAACCUAACAUCAAAAUCGUAGCUGACUAUUCUUAAUUUGCAAACAACACUGUUAAGUAAUUGCACAGUUUUUGGGCCUGAAGGAAAUAACUGAAGAUAUUUGUUCCUGGCUUGGAGACUAAUAAUACUAGAACAGAAUCAAUUAAGUGAUCAUUUGUCAAUAGCUAAAAGUUAUGUUGUUUAUAUAAUUGUCGUAUGUAUUUAAAAUAUUAUACAUAUACUCUUUUAUAGUAGAAACACUCUGAAAUUAUUCAAUUAAUACUCUAAAUGUUUUUAUCAAUAGCAUAUUUAUUGAAAUAUGUUGGUGUUUUUAAUUUAUUGCUUAAAACUUUUCGGAAAUGUAGGUAUUUUAAAAUUAACGUAGGUCAUAGGUGCUAUUUGUGGUAUCUAUGUACAUUUUAAAAUAUUUUUAGAGAUAUUUUUUUUCUUUCACUAAUUUUUUUUUUACUAUUUUACUUCGUUGUUAAUGUUUAAUUUUUACACAAUGAGGAAUUUAUGUUGCUAAACACCGCCUAUUUUAUAAAUAUCUAAAUACAAGCACGCACUACAAGUUUGCCGCCGCGUAAAAGGCGGUAGAGUCGCUCUACAAUAUAGUACCAAAGAGUUCAAUUGCAAACGGCGAACUAGUAAUGCUUGCUUGGCCUAAGGUAGGUUUUUAAAUGAUGUAAAUCAAUGAAAACUCAUUAAAUAUUAUUAUUUUAAUAAAAAACUCAAUAUUUUUUUACCAUUACAUUACAUAUUAUUGCCUAAGUAAAUUAUUAUUGCCUGGCAACACUCAUACUUCGGGCGUGUAUUGUCUAUGGAUAAAUGUAAAGCUUGACCAGUUGGCUCAAAAGGGCUAGAACUCACAGCUGUAAAAGCAGAUAGUGACCUAACCAGAAAUUAAAAAAAUGAAAGCAGCCUUGGAAGAGAUUAGUUCCUUUUUUAUCCGCAACAUGGUGCAGAUUUGUAUUUUUCUGGUCAGGUUGUUGUAAUUCGUCACUUCCGAUGAAAUGUUUUACAGAGGUUUUUGUUACAGUUCAUCCGGGAAUGUACUACUACCGUCACACUUUUUUUCUCUAAACAGCAUUGCUGUGUGCCUGUUUGCAGGGUGUAUCAUUCAAAUAAUGAGUCACUACAUCGUAUUUUCAACUAAAUGACUUAUGUAUCUUCAUUUUACGUAAAGUAACAGUAUUAUUAAAGUGGCAUUAACAGUUAGUAAGAUUAAUUUCAACGAAAAACCGUUAUUUACGUAUUUUCAUUGAAAUAACCGUGUUAGAUGAUCGUUAAAUCAAAAACAUCGCUGCCAUUUGAUGUAAAAUGACGUAGUCAAGAUAAUUUCGUUGAAAUAACUGUUAGAUAAUCACAAUUACGAUGAAAAACGAUGUAGUGACUUAUUAUUUGAAUGGUACACUGAGUUACAUAAUAACUCUACUGAAGGGUUUAAUUGCUUAAUACGUCUCAGGUUGAUACACUUUAUAAGACGUAUGUUUUGCAUACUCUGCGAACUUAGAUGUAAUAAAAAGCCCGGAUACCGUCUCCUGAACUAAAUAGUGACGCACCUCAAUGAUGCCAGUUCGCAUAUAUACGCCGGACACGCAUGCAGAUUAUUAUUAUCUGGCAAUACACUUCACACUUCAUUAAGGUUCUUCGGUUGUUUGACAGGUACCGUCUGCCUAUUUUAUAAGUCUAUGCCUCCGAAGUGCUCUGUUUAUAGGUGAUAGUCAGUUACUACAAAAAUAUGUCCCAGGCAAAAAUAAUUUACAAAUUAUUAUAAAUGUUAAAAUGUAAAACUUUGAGAUAUAUUUUGUUAAAUGUUGUUUAUUAUAUACAUUGUACUUAUA